ACAAAAUUAGGACGACGGACAUAACGGACCCUUCCUCUACGACAUCUACUACCGACUACUUGAGAUCUCGAGAGAGUGUGUGUGAGAGAGAGAGAGAUCGACGGUUGUCCUGAAUUCUUCUCUGCAACCGGAGAUUCAUCACCGUUCGAUUAACCACACAUUGUCCAUCCUUCCAGAUCCCGAUUCUCAGGCCACAACUCUUCACUCUCUGAUCUCAUCAUUUUAGGUAGAAUUCUGAAAUGGGGAUGGUAGAGAACAACAAUUGGCAAUCAGUAUUGGAUUAUGAUCAGUGGGUAGCACUACCGGUAUCUGGCCCUAGGCCAUCUGCUCGGUACAAGCAUGCAGCAGUAGUAGUUGAUGAGAAAUUAUAUAUUGCUGGCGGGAGUCGUAAUGGUCGUUACCUAUCCGAUGUUCAGGUCUUUGACUUUGGAAACUUAAAAUGGUCUAACAUAAAAUUGAAACCAAAUGUUGAUAAACUUGAAGACAGUGAGUCACAGGAAGCUCUUUCACCCAUCUCCGGUCACAAUAUGAUUAAAUGGGGCAACAAACUACUUCUCCUUGGUGGGCUUUCAAAGAAUUUUUCUGAUGAAGUGAUAGUUUGGUUUAUUGACUUGGAUACACAUAUCUGUGGCAUCAUGGAGACUUCAGGAAAAGUUCCGGUGGCUCGUUCGGGGCAGUCCACAACUCUGGUUGGUUCUAGGGUAAUUAUGUUUGGUGGAGAAGAUAGGAGCAGAAGACUAUUGAAUGAUGUUUAUGUUCUUGAUCUAGAGACAAUGACUUGGGAUGUGUUGGAAACCACGCAGACAUCUCCAGCUCCCAGAUUUGAUCACACAGCCGCAAUACACGCGGAACAUUACCUUUUAAUUUUUGGUGGUUGUUCCCAUGCCAUAUUUUUUAAUGAUCUUCAUGUACUGGAUUUGCAGUCGAUGGAGUGGUCUCAACCACAAAUUCUAGGCGACAUGGUGACCCCUAGGGCAGGUCAUGCUGGCAUAACAAUCAACGAGAAUUGGUAUUUAGUUGGUGGUGGAGAUAAUCGUAAUGGUUGCCCAGAAACGCUGGUGUUAGAUAUGUCAAAGCUUGUCUGGUCAUUAUUGACAAGUGUGAAACAAAGGGAUCCUCUUGCCAGUGAGGGAGUCAGUCUUUGCUCGGUGUUAAUUGAUGGACAGAAUCAUUUGGUUGCUUUUGGUGGCUACAAUGGGAAAUAUAGCAAUGAGGUUUUUGUUUUGAGACCCAAACCAACAGACUUUUCGCGGCCCAAGAUUUUGCAGUCACCAGCAGCUGCUGCAGCUGCAGCUUCUGUGACUGCUGCUUAUGCCUUAAGCAAGAAUGAAAAAUUGGAUUUCAUAGGUGCAGAGUCAAACUCCAAGAGAAAUGAAAACAACAAUUUUAGGAAAGAUCUUAAGAUUGAGAUUGAGGCAGCUAAAGCAGAAAAACAUUUGUUGGAGUUGUCACUUGCAGAAGUUAGGGCAGAAAAUUCUAAGUUGGGAGGGGCUAUUGAAGACAUCAAUAGUAAUCAUGGCGAGUUGGUUAAGGAACUACAUUCAGUCCAGGGCCAACUGGUAUCUGAGAGAUCAAGAUGCUUUAAACUAGAGGCCCAAAUCAAUGAAUUACAGAAGAUUCUGGAAUCAAUGCAGUCUAUUGAGGAAGAAGUACAAAAACUCCGGAACCAAAAGUCAGCAUUCGAACGGGAUAUAGAGCAUACUUCGGCUCCUCAGAGGCAAGGUUCUGGUGGUGUUUGGAAGUGGAUUGCUGGGAGCGAGGCUUAAAAUUUGAAAGCUUUAAUCGACUUACAUAUCAAAAGGUGUCAAAAUUUAGUUUUCCAUGGCGAAGCUCAGGCUGAUCGCUGCAAUAGUAUAUUUGAAGAACCUGUGAUUCUCAUGCAUAUUGGUUCUCUGAGGUGAGAUAUUUUUGGGGGGACAGCACUAAGUUGGGUAAACAAACGCUCGAACCAUACUAUAUGAUGUUUUUUUUUACUUAAUAAAAUUCUUCUUAAUUAUUCAUUCUUUUGAUUUUCUUAUUAUUGUUCUCAUAAAAUUUAUUUUUUUGUUACUCUGUUAUAUGAUGAAUGAAAAUUUGUGCCAUGGUUUUUUCUUU